GUAGGAGGGGGGUAGGUAAACAAAGACAUGAAGGGUAGGCCGUGUAACUGACACCCUAUCCUCAAUGACGUCAGCUUCGACUCAUCCUUGGGAAACCCCACUCUGCGUUUGAUUAGUAUUCUGUCCGGCCCCGCGACGCCAGGGAGCAAUGGGAGGGGACGGGUUGCUAGGUUACCAGGGAGGAGGGGGGAGUGGCCAGGUUGCCAAGGUGAACCCAACAUUCUCCAAACGGUGUUCACAGCACGACGCGCGGCUCGUGACCGAAACAGAGAAGAAAGAGCGGCGCCGUGUCGUGACAGAGCGCGCGCCUGGCUGGAUAGGAACAAUAUCCAGAAUGAAUAUAGAGCUACCUAAUGCUGGAAAUGAACAAUACGCAUACAUAGAAUAAUACAGGCCGACAUACUGCUGGAUAUGAACAAGAGAUACCAAGAAUACACCGGAGACAACAGCAUCAAGCGCUCAUCUGGGAUUCUGAUCUCUGCUCGCCAAAACAGCUACAGGGUGAAGCCUCCGUACGGUCGACAUGGGGAUGUCGCGGGGCACCUCCACCUUCCUGGCCUGCUUCACGGGGUUCUGGCUGCUCUGGGCGCUGGUGGCGGUGCUGUGCUGCCUCUGUGGCGCCCUGCGGCGCCGGCUCAAGAGCGGCCAGGAGCAGCGGUUGAGGGAGCAGUGCCUCGGGACCAUGGAGACGGAGUCCGCAGAGUGCUCUCCCCCGCUCCCCGCCUUCUGUCCCCCGCUGUGCCUCUCCUCGCCCAGCCACGGCCCCCUGACGCUACCGGAGGCCCACUGGGUCACCUGGCCAGAUUCAGACCGGAACCCCCCCUGCUAUGAAGAGGCAGUGUUGAUGGAUGACCCCCCCCCAUCUUACAACGAGGUAUUGGCGGACCCCCUACAUGGCAGGGCCGUCUUCCUGAAGGCCCCCCAGCAACGAGCCCCACCCCUUUCCCCCUGGGAGCUCCAGGGGCGGGACCCCGAGCUGGCUCUGCAGUCGGGCUCCAGCAAACCUCCGGCACCGAGUGCCGAACAUGGCUACUGCUCUCUGAUCCAGCUGCCCUCAGCCCGGCACUGGGACGGCCUGGGUCAGCUCCUGUCCAACAUGGACCACAGAGGCCUGCUGCCGGAGACCAGGACUCAGUCUGAGUUCUUGGGCUUCAGCAGGGUGAUCGGGAUGCCAGGCUUCCAGGAGCUGCACGAGGUUCAGGAGGGGAAUGGACUGGACUCUGGCUGUGGCCUCCGCAGGGGGUACCCCAUGCUGGGUAGAAGUACAGCUGUUUGAGGGGAUCCCUCCUCAUAGAUAUAACAGGCUGUAGCCUCUGCAGGGGGUAACCCAUGCUGGGCAAGAGUACAGCUGUUUGAGGGGAUCCACCCGCACGGAUAGAACAGGAAGUCCACAGUCUCUGUGGAGAACUUAGUUCCAUCCUGACCAGGCUCUGGUCAUUGGCUUCUGAUUCCCCCUUGGGGGGUUCCUCAGGAGCUGAGGGCGUUUGCUCCAGCCCCCUGAGGGAAUGCCUGUUUCUGGUCAUCAGACCACAUCUUCAUCUAUGUACUUUCUCAACUUGCGAUGAUGUGGUAACAGGUCACAGUGCUAUCCAGAUUUGCUUGUAUUAAGUGAUAAGCAUCAGCAGCCUUCACCAGGGUUGGGCUUUUUCGCCAGGGAUGGAUUUUCCGAACUCACUGACAAACUGCCUAGGACCUGCCUUCCAGCCACCCAGAUAAGGAUGAAAAUGGAGGUUUUUAUUUUCUUACGAACCCAUUUAACAAUUCAAUAAAAAACGAUGUGUACAAACUAAGUGAUCCAUUUAACUUAUUUAAAAGGGACAGCAGCUUGACUAUGUCUGGCCUCAGCACCAGCCUCCUGCAGUAAUGCCAUGUGGGAUCUCAAGCUGGUUCUCAUAGUGCUUAUGUUCUGGUGAAGAGAGGAGCUGUCAGCCAUCACCGCCUGGGAGUGGGUUGGCCCAGAUGGUCGGACAGACCUGAUAGGCCAGACCUGUACACAAUGAGCGUUUCUCUGAAGAUCGCGGAACUGCUGUGAAUUUUGUAAUUGUAAAGGCAUUAAAAGUGGAACCGUGUUAUUGUCA